ACUUCCAUCGUCCUUGCUGCUACUGACUCAGGUUUCCUCUUUCACGCCCUUUUCUCGGCUCUGGACGCCAUAUACUACUCGGACUACCUACUGCCUGGCUCUUCAAGACCUCACGCCUCCACGACCACAACAUGUCUAAUUUCGCAGCUCUCAUGGCACUCAGUGUCUCCCAGACCCGACAAUCAGAGGCCGCCGUGCAGUCAGCCCUCGCUGAGCGGCAGAAGAAGGAGGCCCAGAAACGCAAGGAGCAAGAGGAGAAGGAUCGGCGGGAGCAGGAGGUGCAGGCGAAGCUCCGCCUGAAGCGGCUCGAGGAGCAGAAGCGCGACGAGGAGCGCCGGCGGCGGCGGGAGGAGGAGCGGCAGGCGAAGGAGCGCGAGGCGGAGCGCCGCGCAGAGCAGGAGCGGGAUGCCCUGCGGUAUGGCCCCAAAGGAGGGCGCACGGACAAGAGCGGAUAUCCAGUCUCUGGCUCUGCCCGUGGGGGCCGUUCGAACGACGACGACGGCGCAGCCUCCGCGCUCACGCGCGAGGAAAAGCGCCAACGACGCAUGCAGGCGGACCUGCGAGGCAGCAAAGGCUCGUUCAGACGGACGACGGCAGGCUCGGGGUAUAGCAAGCCUGGGAGAAGGCUUCCUGGUGGCGCGGUCGACAUCACGACGAAGACUCUGGGGUUGUCUUCGCAAGCAUCGCCGGGACGGAGCCAGUCGGUCAAAGAGCGCAUUGCGGCGGAGCCCGUGACACUCUACAUGGUGAACCAGCAGAAGCGGGAUACACGCACCAUCGACGAGAUCGUGCAGGACAACGCGAAGCUGCGGCAGGGCAAGGUCCUCGACGGCGACCAGGCGCGCGAGUUCAGCGACUGGUUCGGCAAGGCCAAGAAGGACACCGCGAAGAAGCCCACCACGUCCACGUCCACCUCUCGUGCCAACACGCCCGCCGUCGCAGGGCCCUCCUCGAGCAGCCAAUCCAAGGCCGCCAGCGGCUCCGCCUCCCCACACCCGCUCACAUCUGCAUCGAAGUCGCAAUCUGUUCCCAAAGGCACUCCUCCCGCUGCGCGAGGCAGCGCAAGUGCCCCAGGGAAGUUCGGGAGUGCAUCGAAGGCCACCACCAACGGCAAACCUUCAACUGUCAGUUCUUUCAGCGCUAAGGCGCCCCGUCCCCCCACGUCCGCUCCAUCCAAGUCCGCCGCUCCAGCAAGCCGGCAACCUAUCAAGAAGCGGCCACGCUCGCCGUCCUCAAGCCUCUCGCCCCCUCCGACCAAGCGCCGCCCUGCGGCCGCUGGGUCCGCGCGCAAUGACAUCAGCAGCGAGAUCUGGAAGCUUUUCGGCAAGGAUCGCUCCUCGUACAUCCAGCGCGAUGUGUACAGCGACGAUGAGGAUAUGGAGGCUGGCGCGUUCGACGUCGAGAAGGAGGAGCUGAGAAGUAUGCGCCUCGCGAAGAAGGAGGACGAGCUCGCCAUGGAGGAAGAACGGCGGCACGAGGACGAGAAGCGGCGCCGGCGGAAGGAGAAGGAGAAGCGCGGCUCGUACUGAACGGCGCACGAUAUAUGUAGGUACCCCAUGAACUCAUGCGCCGGGGUGCUGAUCGAAGGACUGGCGACGUCGACAUAUGUUAUCCCAUGCGUUUCUAUCUUCCAUUUGCAGCCUGUAUCUUGCUCUCUUGCCUUCGCUCGUCGCACACUGCUCCUGCUGAUCCCCAUUGCACACCACCAUUACAAACCCGCAUCAUUACUGUAGAAGAACCGCACAUACUUCGUAUACACAUCUUGUAUAUCCCCUGGACUGUAACAACAUAU